AUGGCUCGAGUUGCUGGCGAAGACGUUGCGGACGCCCCAGAAGCAGGACAAGAGGCCACCGAAGCAGGACAAGAGGCCUCGCAAGCGUAUCAAGGUACUGAUGUGUGUUCACCUUUGCUUGGAGGAGGUUCUAGUGCGCAGGAUCAGGUGAACGAAGCCUUAGGAACUGGUGGAGACGACCUGACAACGGGUGGAGGGGCUUCUGGUACGGCAGGUGGUGACGGCAGCGAGAGGGAGGAGACACCUGGUUUCGAAAUGGUGUCCGUGGAGUCUGGAGACAACGAUGAGAGCGGUAAUUCUGUGGAUGUGGACCCGCCAGCUGUGUGGCAUCCGUCCUGGAACGCCUGGCAGCAGUACGUCGUACAGUACUGCGAGAGAACGAGGCAGGUUCUACCUGCUAAGGAGACCAUGUCUCGGGCUGAGCGACUGAAGCGGUUGAAGAAGACCAAGAAAGCAGAUGAUGACUCUAUAUUACUACCUGAAGGGUGCGAUCCCUGCCAACGAGUGUACAUAUGCACUCAUGGCUGGAAGAAGCGGAAAUCACGAAGCGAAGGGACGCGGCCUCGCCAGCACAUUCGCUUGACGGAUUGUCCCUUUCGCUUUGUGGUUCAAUGGAACGUGGCUCGAGGGCAACUACAAUUCACGAUCCGGUUGUAG